CUCCCCAAAAACCCCUGUGCCUCCCUCGACACGGCGACGUUCAGCACGACGGAGAUGGCGCUGGCUCUGAACCGGUACCUGUGCCUGGCGGUGCUGCCGCUCAUCACCAAGUGCGCGCCGCUGUUCGCGGGCACGGAGCACCGCGCCAUCAUGGUGGACUCCAUGCUGCACACCAUCUACCGCCUGUCGCGCGGCCGCGCCCUCACCAAGGCCCAGCGCGACGCCAUCGAGGAGUGUCUCAUGGCGCUCUGCAGGUACAUCCGCCCCUCGAUGCUGCAGCACCUCCUGCGCCGCCUCGUCUUCGACGUCCCCAUCCUCAACGAGUUCGCCAAGAUGCCCCUCAAGCUGCUGACGAACCACUACGAGCGGUGCUGGAGGUACUACUGCCUCCCCAACGGGUGGCCCAACAUGGGCGUCAGCUCCGAGGAGGAGCUGCACCUCACCAGGAAGCUCUUCUGGGGCAUCUUCGACUCCCUGGCGCACAAGAAGUUCGAGGCCGAGCUGUACAAACUGGCCAUGCCAUGUCUCUGUGCCAUCGCCGGUGCCCUCCCCCCUGACUAUGUGGAUGCCAGUUACUCCUCCCGCACCGAGAAAAAGGCCUCGGUGGACGCCGAGGGCAACUUCGACCCCAAACCCGUCGAGACCCUCAAGUAGGGG